AUGAUCAAAAGAUGUGUGACAUACGAAGGAGAACUUUUACCAUUUCAUCAAUUCGAUAUGGAUGUUGGGUGAGAAAGAAAUGAAAUGAAAUGAGCUUUAUGAUUUUUUUUUCGUAUAGACGUUGUUUUCAAAUGAAUUAAUAAUAUGAUGGAAAAACAUGAAGAAGGAGGAGAAAGAGUACUUUUUCUCAUUCCUUCCUCAACCAGAAAGAGAAACAUAAAAUAAAUUAGUAGUACUCAAACUAUUUUCUUCAGAUAUGAUCAAGGUUUGGAUCGAGUAUUUGUUAUUUGGCCAAUCACAAUUUGCCAUGAAAUUGAUGAGCGAAGUCCACUUUGGGAUAUUGGAGCUGAUGAUUUGAAAAGCGCCAAAUUCGAAAUUAUAGGUAUAUAUUUUAGAAAACAUACAUAAUAAUAAUAAUAUGUAUCUUUCAUAAAUAUCUUUCAAUAAUCACAAAAAAAUUCGAAAAAAAACUAGAAUAAUUUUUUAUGUGUGUGAAGAUAGUUUUAUUUUUGAGAAAAUAUGCUAAUUCUUUUGCGCUCAAUUAUUUGAAAAUUGAUAAAACAAACACAUUUGCACAAAAUAAUUUUCCUUUUUAAAAACAUAUAAACAACCAUAAAACGUAACAAUAACAAAUUUUAUGAUUUUGAAGCGUUAUCAUUUUCAACAACAAAAAAACUAUUUUGUUUUUUUUUCAGCAAUUUUGGAAGGAGUUGUCGAAUCAGUUGGAUCAACAACACAAGCAAGAACAAGCUAUUUACCAUCGGAAAUUCUUUGGGGACAUAGGUAACGAAAAAUAUAAGUUUAUAUACAAAAAAAAGAAAAAAUGGAAAUAAAAAAGACAAUGGUUAAUGUUUAUAGUAGAUGAUGGGAAAAAAGAAGGAAUAGUAUAGGAAAAUAGAAAAGAGGCACUGACUCAUUAGCACCAAAAAAUGUCAAGGGAAAAUGAGAAUUGGCGGCAACUCACGGCGCGCUUUCCUUUACGCGGACACCCGUUUUGAGAAAAAUAGGAAAAGAAUCAGAGAAACGAAGAAUAGUAAUUGUGACGCAAUGAGAAAAUCAAGUGCAAUAGAGCGCGUUUUCUCUCCUAUCCUAAAUGUUUUUGUUGGGUCGUCUGUUUAGGCGGCGUAAAGAAAAGUGUACUGCGAACUAUGAAUGGUUAGCAUAAAUUUGAUGUGAGCAUUUUGUUUUUCAAUAAGAAAAAAGGUUAUUCAAGCAAAAAUAAUUAUUUUUCGAAAUAUUUUUUUAUCACCCAAUUUUUUCACCAUAAAAAAUUGUUUUUUUUUUCAAGAGGAAGCUUUUUUCUAUUUCCGUAUUUUUCCGUUCAAUUAAACCAACAAAUUUAUAGUUUGAUCUGAUUCGGAAGUGAAGAUGAAAACAAUUUCACUUAAUUUAUAGUUAUAUUUUGGCAAAAAUAAAAUUCUCAAGAGAUUAUGGAUAAUUGAAAUAGGGUUUCUUUAGAGGCUGAUUUUUUUCAUAUGAGUAAUAAGAUAAGAUAUGUUAAAUAGAGCCAGAUCGAAAAUUUAGCCAAAUUUAAGUUGCAAAUGUGAAGAAUAUUUAUUUAUCAAACAUCCGGAACACUUUAGGAAGAUUUCUUGUUAUCAAAUUAUAUCAGCUAGCAAAUUAUCAAACGUCAUUUUUUUGCUACUUCCACAUGUUUCUUUUGUCUUUAAUCUUUUUUUUUACAAAAAAAAAGAUAAGUUGUUUAUACUUUUUAUGAACAAUUGGUUGAAUAAGAAAUUUCGAAAAAUUACAUGGUUAGUCAAUUUCUUUUCAAGCGUUCAAUGUGAACAAUUAGUUGAAAUUCAGAGAAUAUAUAUUUGCAAAUUCUUUAAAAAAUAUGAUAUAUUUAGUGGGUAGAAAGAAAAAGAGAGCUAAAAAGCAAGAAAAAAUAAUUUGACAAGAGAAAAUUGAAUUUUUAGUAAAUAAUGAAAGACAUACAUACUCAAAACAAAAAAAUACAACCCAAAAAAUACACCCAAAACAAAUAAUUUGUUUUAAACAACAGGUUCGAAAAAUUGGUACACUACAAAAAGGAGAAUGGACAAUACAACAUUGAUUUCGGAAAGUUUCACAAUGUAUAUUCCGUAAAUACACCAGCAUGCUCAGCGGCCGAGAUUGAAAGAUUGCGGGUAAUUAUUUUUCAUUUCAUUCAAAAAUAUGAAUAGUCAAGUGUGUAGGUGAAAGUUGCGAUUCGAAUAGAAUUUUUGAUUACUCUUUUAUUAAAAUGUUACCUGACGUAAAGAAAAAUUCAAAAUGUUCUCGAUUAUAUCACGAUGAUUUCUUCAUUCUUUUGAGAUUUGAUAUGAGCAAUAUGAGUUCAAAGAACCAAAAAAAAUGUUGGAGCACAAUUUCAUAAUAAUUGUUUAUCAGAACUUGCACUCUUAUUUUGGAAAUAAAUAUUUACAAAAAAUGUAUUUAUUAGUUCUUGAGAUUCUCUCAUAAAUCAGGAACUUGUGAAAACAAGGAAAAACAUGGAACAUUCUUGUAUUAAUAAAAAUGUAUAAAUUUCUGAAAAUUCAGAAAAGGGAGAUUUGCUUAGGGUUUACAUUUAGUAGGAUUUGACAAUCUUGAAGUUCUGUAUAUCAAUAAAGCUCAAAGAAUCCGUAAACGCAAAACUCAUAAAUUAUUCUGGUUUUUAUUUUGGAAAAGUUAUAUUUUUCAAAAAAAAAGCAUACUUGGUCAAAAAUAUAUUCACAAUUUUCAAUUUUGUUCAGUCCGAAGGAAUUUUCAACGAAUCGGAAUAUCAAAUGUACCCAGUUGACAACAAAAUGAAUCUUUACGAUAACGAUGAUUUGUCUCCAGUCCGCGAUUCUGUCGAUCUUUCAAACCAGGUACCACAGGUAACCACUCAAAGCUGCCAGAGUUGUACAUUUUUUGUGUGUUUGAGCUUAUGUUAAACUUAAUAUUGGUUUUUUAAUCUUUUUUGAAAGCACGCGGCUUUGAGUGUUUUGACUUUGCUUUUACAGAACUUCAAUAAUUAUUCAAUUUUCAGAUUCAAAUCUUGCGUCGUGAUAGUGAUGAAGAUCCAGAUGCUGGAGAGGAAAGCAUGGAAUUGGUAAUCGAUUUUUUUCAAUAAUUUUUGCCUACCCACUCUAUUUAGAAUCUUCUCCCGUGAAUCACAAACACAUCUAACCCAAAAAACAGAAAACUUCAUAAACUUCUAAUGUGAAAUUUAGGUUGAUCUUGGAAUUCAUCACAAAUGCUCAAUCCGAUCACAAUCACCAAUAAUCACCAAUGCUGCUCCACCACAUCUCUUGCAACCUGGUCACAAAAAUUCGUGCGCUGUUAGAAGAGGCAUGUUAGCUCCACCCGUUUCACACUCGUAG